AUGGGAGGUAAGAGUUGGAGUUUAACGGCUAAGCUAUGUCAUUCCUGCAAAUCAUCGCCGGCGAGUGUUUUUUGCCAUGCCGACACGGCAUUUUUGUGUCACGGCUGCGACGCCAGGGUGCACGAUUCCAACAAGGUGGCGUCUCAGCAUGCUCGGGUGUUGGUUUGCGAUGUGUGUGAGCAAGCACCCGCUAUCGUCACCUGCAAGGCCGACUCGGCGGCUCUCUGCGCCAACUGUGACCGUGACAUACACUCCGCGAAUCCACUUGCCCGACGCCACGAACGCCUCCCCUUCGUACCCUUCUACAAGUCAUCACAGGUUAAUAACAACAACGAGAACAAGUACUUCUCUGAAGACGAGGCUGAGGCCGCCUCCUGGUUGUUGCCAACGCCUCAUAACAAAGGAGGAACCACAGAGGAUGAUGAUCUCGACUCGCCAAAAUACAAGUCGAGCGAGUAUUUUUUCAGCGACAUGGAUCCAUACCUGGAUCUCGAUAUAGUUUCUGGAGACUCGAAGCAACAACGCCAUAUGGAUGAUCAAAAGCAGUGCCAGUACAGUUCUGAUGGGGUUGUGCCAGUGCAAAACAAGAAUGAUUUUCAGCAGGAUCAUGUUCAGGGUUCGGUCGUGGAUGGAUUUCCUACUUAUGAUACGGAUUAUAAUACUGGAUCUAAGCCCUUCAUGUACAAUUUCAACUCCCAAUCCAUCAGUCAAAGUGUCUCAUCAUCAUCUUUGGAAGUGGGCGUGGUCCCGGACCCGGGUUCGAUAGCCGAUGUAUCCGACACACACAUGAAAAAUGACGGGAUCCCGAACCCGGUUUCCGGGAUCGACAGAGAAGCUAAGGUGUUGAGGUAUAAAGAGAAAAGAAAGAACAGAAAAUUUGAGAAGACAAUACGAUAUGCAUCAAGAAAGGCCUAUGCAGAAACCAGACCUAGAAUCAAAGGAAGAUUUGCUAAGCGUUCAGAAAAUGGGGUUGAAUCACUCACGGUCCCAACUUUUCAUUUAUAUAAGUGA